UAUUUACCUCCUGGGAGAUUCAACUUUGAGAUAAUGGAUGUGGUAUAUCACAAGUAAAACCCAUUCAUUUCAGUAUUUUGACCUCCAUGGAACGGGUAAGCAGAAGAAUAUGAUGGCUCUGGACAUGAACAGAAACACCCAGAUCCUGUGGAAGAAGCACAGCCACCCUUUUGUCACCAUCCUGGAAUACAGGAUGGCAGAUCACAGCUACGUUGCUCGGGACAUUGACAACAUGGCAGGCAACAGGGACACAGUGGUUGUCGUCUCCCUGGGCCAGCACUUCCGUCCCUUCCCCAUUGAGCUCUUCAUUUGAAGAAUGAUUAACAUACGAGGAGCCAUCCAACGUCUUCUCCAGAGGAGCCCAAACACAAAAGUCAUCAUCAAAGCGGAGAACACCCAUGAGAUGUCAAUAGACCAGGAGCUUGGGGACUUCCAUGGUUAUGCCCAAUACCUUGCACUAAAGGACAUUUUUCGAGAUCUGAAGGAGGGCUUCAUUGAUGCCUGGGACAUGACAGUUGCCUACGCCACAAACCUGGUUCACCCACCAGAUCACAUGGUCGCGAGUCAGAUUGAUAUGUUUUUGUCUUGCAUAUGUUAA